AUGACGGGCUCGACGAAUUCGGGGCCGAUACAGGCCCAGCAGGACACGGUGCCCUUGCUCGACGACAGCUUUUUUAUCGAGGAAGGCACGAGACUCGGCCGACGCAAACUGCCCCGACCAUCGAAAUCCAACCGAAACAAGAUGUCUAGCCCCGCGAUACAGGUCAUCCAACCUGUCCAACUCACUCCCCUCUGGGAGUACGUCGUACGGACGAAGAAAUUUCCCAAAGAUGAGGAUGUAUUGACGAUCUUUUAUGAGAUCUCGGACAGACUCCGUGAUCCAGAAUGGGAAGUACGUCAGCAUGCGCUUCGCGUUCUCGUCGAUGUUCUGCCGACACUGAAUACCGAACUUAUCGAUAAUAUCGCAAGCCUCGUCUUGCCCGAUCUCAUUGACAACCUUGGAAAUUCAGCUCCAGCCAUUCUCCAAGACGGCCUUAACCGGACCGACGUGCUGGACAAUUACCAGACGAGCGUCGCCAAGGGUGUGAUCGUGAGCACGCCUCUCCUGCUAUUUCCCUCGCGCUCGAGCGUUAAACCCUCGAAGGAGAUCGUGAGGGAGGCCACUCAAGCCCUGGCGAUGAGGCUAGUGCAGGUGACGCAUCAGGAGUCAGCCUUGCGCUCACUCGCCAAAAUACGCGAUACCAUCGGCGAGGAGGAAUUCAACGGCUACCUCCACGAGAUCGACGACAGCAUGAAACGCAACUUCGAGCUGCUCUGCGACGUAUACGCGAUUCAAAAUAGUUCGCCCAUGACGAGCAGGAGACGCCCAGAGUCGAGGACUAGCGACAGAUACGUUGGCGGCAAAAUUCAACGGAAAGACUCGACGAACGAGGCUUUAAAGGAGACAGUGGACGUAAAAAAGAGCUGGAAAAAAAUGGAGGAGGAUGCGGGAGUAUCGCUGGUCGUCAAGGAGAACGAGGAGUCGACGUGCAGUGUUGCAUCGACACGCGUCGUCCUCGAGACGGAAAUUAAAUUCGACGAGGAGACGGCCAUCACAAUGACGAUUCUCGAGGAGCAAGAGAAGGAAGUGGAAGGGUUGCCGAUCGACGGACAACAGCAACUAAACGAACUCCAGAAGGUCGUGGAGUCGCUGCCGAUGGUCAAGGCUCCCGAGAUUGUCGUUGUGUCGGAGGAGCGUCGUAAAACACCGAGGCGCGUGCACUUUGGCGGCGAGGUCGUGAAGCUGCGCACCCCGGACAGCGAGGACGCCGAGUCCGUGGUGUCGGAGGCGAGCGAGCGGUCGGCUCCCACAAGGAUACCGCUCCCGGUCUCCCCGGCGACGCGGAUGCCCUUCGGGAGGCGCGCCCGCUCCUCCUCCCAGCCGAGCCUCACCCGGGUCUGCUCCCCGCUCCGGAGGCGUUCCGCCUCGAGCAGUCCCAGGCGGGAGUCGCACACCCACGACGCGAGUCUCAGCCCCAAGAAGAGCAUACUCGCCAAGAGCUCGGAGUUUGGCGAGCUGCAGUCCAGCGAUACUUUAGAAGCUCAAAAAAUGAGGACCGCCAGUCCUCGAGCGUCCCAACGAGAUUCCAGCAUUGCAGUCUUAUCUCCGAGAGGGCUUAUUAGCGCAGGAGAGGGCCUUAAACCAGAAUCCGAGCCAUCAUUUUGCGUUUACGAAGAGCCUGGGGAAAGUUUUGUGCAAUUACAUUUCAAAAAUCACAGGUCGAGUGUACUGGGGGACAUUUGUGGGAUCGAGGAGGAACGAAUUAAGGGUAACGUUGAUUACGUAUUUGGUGACAGAAGUGGAUACAACUUCGACGAGAAGAUGUUAAAGGAUCAAGAAAAUUUUAUUCGCUCCAUGUACCGAUCGAAAUCGGCCACGGAAAAGACGACGAAAUUAGAAUGGAGCGAGGAAGAGGGUACGGAUGAAAAUGGAAAAGAUCGUCGUCGUAUCCAAUCGGCGAAGAUACCAGGUUUCGAAGUAUUUCCUCGCCAAGAGAGAAAUUACAUCCUCAUGGAGCUUUCGAGUCCCGUAAAAGAUUCGAGUAGACGAACAUCCCUCGAGGAUAAUCAAUCGGAUGGAGAGUCCAAGGAGAUGGCAAUCGGUAGCAAAACGGAAAAGACGAGCGAGGUACCGAGCAAUGAAAUUAACGAAAAGAUGGAUAUUAAAGAUACUAAGGAGCCCGAGGAAUCGCACGUUGACUCGAAUAAACGAGCGGAAAAUGAAAAGGCCGAGAGCGAGGCGGCACCUAAGGAAGAAACGAGCAGCGGCGAAAUGCAAUUGGAAGUAAUCGACGAUAAUAUUGAGAAGGCGACGCUCGAUGCCAAGGAACGCUUAUCCGACAUUAGCAGCGACGGAGAAUGGAAGAAUAAAGAGCCGAGCUGGGAGGAAUUGGGUGUGGUGGACGAGGAAGUCCUAAACGACUUCCACAACAAGUAUAAUAUGCAGCACACGUAA